AUGAAACCAACAACCUUCCUCCUCCCCCUGCUACCCCUCACCCUCGCCAAAUCAACAAUAUUCAACAUGGCCGCCGAGGACAAAACUUGCACUCCCAGCUUCGAUUACUGCGCUGACGAGUUGAUCAAAUCCAAGGGCUUCUCAAAAUCCGACCUCAAAAACGCCCUCAAAGACAGCGACGUCAAAGAAGAAGACCUCAGCAAAAUCCUCUUCCACUGUAAGAAUCCCGGCGAUGUGGGCCAUCCGAAGGUGUGUCAGGGUGGGUGUAAGAAGGGGGAGGAGGAGGAGGAGAGUCAUUCUUGUUGA